AUGGCGACCACCGCCGUCGCCGCCCGGGGCCCGCGCUCCACCGUCUCCACCAUCGUCAUGCGAGAGGUGCGCGGGCAGCACACGCUUGUCAUCGACGGGUGCGCGCCGUCCAAAGAUCCCCAAGCACCUGUUCUCGUCGUCGCGGACCUUCGAGGCGGCGGGCUACCACUGGCGGAUCAGGUACCACCCCGGCAGCGGCAGCACCUGGUGGCUGAUCAGCAGGCCCUGCAUCUCCCUCUACCUCGAGCUCGACGGCGCCCACGAGCGCACCGACCACCCCGUCGAGGUCAAGUUCAGCCUGCUCGACCGGGCCGGGAGCCCGGUGGCCAGGUACACCCGCGUCGCCGGGGUGUACGUCUUCGGCGGCGAGUCGAGGUGCCACGGGUUCGACGACUUCAUCAAGUGGAGAGAUCUGGAGGAGUCGGGGUGUCUCUUGGCAACCGCUUCUCCGUCCGUUGCGACGUCAGCGUCAUCAAGGAUUGGGUUGAAGACGCCGACGCCGCCAGUGUGCCGCCACCCGACCUGCACGAGCACCUUUACGAUCUCCUCUGGAGGAAACAAGGGGCGGACGUCAUGAUCGACGUGGGCGGGGAGACGUUCCACGUCCACAGGUGGCUGCUGGCGGCGCGGUCUCAGGUCUUCGAGGCCGAGCUGCUCGCCGGAACGAAGGAGGAGGGCGCACCCGGCGUUCAGGGUCGCAUAGAGAUCCAAGGUGUGGAGCCUAGAGUGUUCAGGGCGGUGCUCCGCUUCUUGUACACAGACUCGCUGCCCCGGAUGGAGGAGCGAGACGCCGUCGCGAUGGCCCAGGGCUUGCUUGCCGUGGCGCACAGGUACAAGCUCGAGAGGCUCAAGCCGAUGUGCGAGGAGAUCCUGCGCGAGCGCAUCGGCGUGGACACGGUGGCCGGCACCUUGGCAGUGGCGGAGCAGCUGUUGAAUAAUUUGUGA